AUUGCGCCACACACCCACGCGCGUUCAUGCAACACACAAGAAACAUACGGUCAUUAUCCCAUUUCCCUCUGCAAGUUACGAUAUAACAUAAGGUCUGUGCUAAACGACGCGGAGAUAAUAAGUCAAAUAAAAUCGACUCGUUUAGUGUAUUUCUCUUUUUUUUUUGUUUUCACUGUUACUCGACAGAUAAAUUGUUAUAUUACGAUGACGUCUGUUUAAAGUUCAACUCACUACUUGUGAAUAAUAUAUACAAGAAUUAAACGCAUCCUUCAAAUGGAGCGUGUUCUAAAAGCAGUACCUGCAGACUUAAGAGUAAAAAUGGAGGCACUUGUGCAUGAUCUGACCCUUGCCCUUGAAGAAAGCAGUAACAGUGCUAACGUCAGACGUAGAUGGGGUAUAAGGAGGAGAGCUCGUUCUACUGGGAAUAUUCGUAAGUUUACAGUUCGCUUCUACAAGGCAUACAGAGGGUCAUUACCAAGAUUGUCUUUCUAUAAAUAUCAAUCAUCACUCAAUAUAAGUAAGCACUCGGAUGACAGUUCAUCUUCUAUCUGUGAUAUCCGCAUUUUGAAAAAUUCUACACCUUCUAAAUAUCAAUCCGACAGCGAUGACACAAAUCAAACAAAAAGAUUUGCACGGUUUUCCAACCUAAAUAAUGUGAGCAACAUAGAGAGUGAUUCUGUCAAUGAAAAUUUCAUACCAAGGACCAACACGAGACGUAAGAGAAAAUUCAAAAAGAUGGCCGUUGAUUCUGAUUCAAAUCCAUCAACAUCUCAAACAGUUACUAUUAUGUCAACUACUUUAGGCGGAAAAAAACGAGUUCUCAGGAAUGAUUGUAAAAAUAAAUAUGGAGCCAUAUGGUGUGGCAAACGUAAGAGAUCAUGCAGAGAACGUUCUACCGAUUGUGAAAUGCGUUCUUUGAAACCAAACAGAACCUCGAAAUCAAAAAUUCGAGGAAAAAUACAAGGUGAAGAUACUGUAGAUUGCUCACGUAUAUCAAGUUCAAGUAUUUCUUCUAGCGAUUCCGAAAAUGGUAUAAUCACAAAUGACGAGGAUCGUGAAGGAGAUGACGAACAAUCUGAUUGGAUAGUUGAAUCAAAUUGGUGGGACGAUGGAGACAGCACAAGUGAAGACAAAUUAGGAACAGAUUCGACAUUCCAAAUGAUAUUACAUGGUAGCUUUGAACAUUCUACUGAUGAAAGUAGAAAAAGAUAUAGACAAAGAGUUAAACGAAUUCGUGAAGGUCUCACUGGUAGAGAAAUUCGUGCUGGUCGUCGUCACGUCGACAAUAAACCUGGAUAUUCCAUAAUUACUUCGGCAAAUGAGAAAGUAUCAAGAUUUCUACAAGAUCCAACUCAAAGUGAACUUAAAUUACAUCCUAUGCGUCAAGCCGAACGGGAGAAGCUACGUCGUCUUGCAAAUUUAUACAGUUUAAGUUUAAAAGGUGAUUUAGGUUGUCCAAUAUUAUAUAAAACACGACACACAACUCAAGCUGUAUGCGUAGAUCAAGUAUCGUUAAACAGAUUCUCCGAUUACAAAAGAUUAAGGAAGACACCUCCGAACUCACCUAAUCCUGAUUCAAUGAUGCAAUGUCAGGAACAACAUAUUUCUAGUACAAAUUUUGGUUCACAAAUUGUACAACAAACGCAAGAUACCAUGCCACUGCAGUCUAUAAGUUUUCCACAGUUUGAGUGGGAUUCUAACAAUAUGGAAAUUGAGAUACAUGGAAAGCCAAAGUUUCAAGACUUCGGGCAUUCAAAGUCGAGUUAAAUUAUGUGUUUUUUUUUAUUAGUUCGUUUUUCAAUAUUUAAGUGGACGAUUAACCUGCUUUCUAUAAAUAAGAUUAGUAUAUAUUCUAGAAUUGAUGUAUUAUACCGAACGUGUUAGACUUUUGCGGACGGAACUCGUUCAAAAAUUGACAUUUUUAUAUAGGGUUUAUCAUUCUAUUGUAGUCCAGCUUUGAAAUGUCUAUAUGAAUUUAUAUAAAUGUAUAAAUUUGUACAAAAUAUGAAAUAAUGAAUAAGUUAAUUUGCCGCGUA